AUGAAAUUCAACGGUGGAACAUGUGAAAAUAUUUACGGUGAAUUACUUGAUUAUGAAAUAAUUCAACAUGAAAAUAAUUUAAUCACUGAAUGCCGAUUAAAACGACGCAUCUUACAUGUUCAAAAAUGGAUUGGUUCAACCAUUAUUUUUACUUAUCUAGCUGCUCUUAUUGGAGUACAUAAAAAUGAUAGUAGUUUAUUAUUAUUUCUCUCGAUUAUUUUAUUAGCUGGUGUGAUAAUAAAAGCUUAUUUAAAAGUAAAACGUGAAUGUGUUAUUGUUAGCAAUCAAAUGGGUUUACAAUUGACAACAACUUAUGUAAUUGGAAGACAAACAACAAUUUUUAUUAGUUCAAAUCGAAUAAAAGAUAUUUUAAUCAAUGAAGGCUUUCUUUCGCAACGUCUGAUAUUCUAUUUGACUUUGAUAAUUAAUGCGAACGGCGAUACAUCUAUGUUACCACUUUUUGUUAAACUUCUACCUCGUCUAUCUGUAUUGAAAUUAUUCUAUCGACAUUUAUAUUCUGUUAUUCAUAUGAAAUUGAAAUAA